GUCAAUCCAACGACCGCCAUUGCUGGACCUUCCGCAGCAGAGAGCUGCUGAAGAGAAGAGCAUGAAAUGGUCACUAAAAUCAGUCUCGCGGACUUCGAAAAGCCUUCUCAGACUGGCUAAUCCUGCACCGUCUACAUGCUCUCUGUCUUCCUCGUCAGCUCUGCCGGAGACCUCCUCGGAGACAUGGAGCCGCUGCACAGGCUCCGCCGGACCAGGCAAUUACGCCAAUGGGGACCGCAUAACCAAGGAUUAUGUUACGAAACUCGUGGGGCGUUCCAUCCCCGCGGAUUGGUCGCGACCUCGUGCUCCUGUUUUCGCUCAUUGUGUGGAGUUCAUCGACGUCGAGCUCUGUAAUUCUGUGAUACGACACUAUGCGGAUCAAAAGAGACACUGGCAUUCUCUUUUUGUGUUCACGCAGAUGCAUAUGGUCGGUAUACGCCCCAACUCAUCAACCUUUCCGGCCGUUCUCAAGUCGAUCUCGAGGGUAUGCCUCCGAGAAAUCUGUAAUUCGAUUCACGCGUUCGUCACUAAGAUGGGAUUCGAGAGGGAUGUUUAUGUGAGCAGUUCUCUGCUGAACGCGUACAGUGUCUGUUCCUCGGCCAAAGAUGCGCGUAAGGUGUUUGAUGCAAUGCCUGAGAGAAACUCUGUUUCGUGGAAUGCAUUGAUCACUAGCUGCACGCACAACAGGAAGUUCAUAGAAGCUAUCGAUGUGUUUCGAGAAAUGCAGGCAUGUGGGGUCCCGCCCACUGCGGUCACUAUGGUUGGCAUCUUAUCGGCAUGUGCCCACUUAGGAGCUCUACGGCAGGGCAGGUGGAUUCACGAGUACAUCAAUUGUAGUAGCUUGAACUUGAACGUGUUCCUUGGUACCGCACUUAUCGACAUGUAUGCAAAGUGUGGGGUUGUGAAGGAGAUGGAGGAGGUUUUCGAUGCGAUGAAGGUAAGGAACGUGUACACGUGGAACGUCUUGAUUUCGGGAUUUGGGAUGAAUGGGUGUGGAAAUGCUGCUUUGAAUGCUUUUGAUAGGAUGGUGAAGGAGAAGUUUAGGCCCGAUGGCCUUACUUUCUUGGGAGUACUAUGUGCUUGUUGUCAUGAAGGUCUUGUUGAUUCGGGUCGAAGGUACUUCUCCAGCAUGACGGAAAAGUUUCGGAUUCACCCGUGGAUCGAGCAUUAUGGGUGCAUGGUUGAUUUACUUAGUCGUGCUGGUUUGUUGGUUGAAGCUCUGGAUUUGAUUGAGAAUAUGAAGCUGAGGCCAGAUCCUAUUAUUUGGCGAGCAUUGCUAGGUGGUUGCAGGAUCCAUGGAAAUACUGAAAUGGGGGAAUAUGCUAUCAGGAAGCUUCUUGCGAUCGAACCAGGAAAUGCUGAAAACUAUGUUCUGCUAUCUAAAUUGUUUGCACAAGACCGAAGGUGGGCUGAUAUGGAAGAUCUGAGGUCGAUGAUGAACCGAAAAGCAAUACGGAAAGUUCCGGGAUGCAGUUUGAUUGAAGUCAAGGGUAAAGUUCAUGAGUUUAUGGCAGCAGAUAGUGUAAUAGCAAAUUGUCAUGAGUUGUACAGCUUUUUGGCCGACAUUAAUGAGGAGCUGAAACGAGCUGGUUACGUUGCAAAGAUUGAGUUGGUUUCUUACGACCUCGAGGAAGAAGAAAAGGAACAUGCUCUUACCUUUCACAGUGAGAAACUUGCCCUUGCCUUCGGGCUCUUAAAAUCUCCUUUGGGAUCGACCAUAAGGAUAGUGAAGAAUCUUAGGGUCUGCCAAGACUGUCACGGAUUUUUUAAACUUGUUUCUUUGGUUUAUAAGAGGGAAAUCAGUCUUAGAGAUAGGAACAGGUUCCACCAUUUUGUUGAAGGUGCAUGUUCUUGUAAAGAUUACUGGUGAAUAGGAGUUGCAGAGGCAGGCAAGCUGUCCUCGAGCCAUGGCACAUCCUCAUCAUGAGGAUCGGAGGGGAAGCAUGUGGUCAAGUAAAUUGGACUGCUCGGGUAAUUAAGAGUUCAUGCAAAAGAAGAUCCUCUUUGGGACUUGAUUCUGGUUGUCUAUCAGAUGAGCCCCUUCAAGGUAAAUCCGUAAGCUUCGAGGGUGAACUCCAGAGGCCUGAGCUGAGUGAAGUGAGGGCUUUGGAAGGCCUCCUGGAGCAACUCCUCGUCGCAUUCCAGGGACUCCCUAUAGUUCUCCAGGUCGGCUUCUGCCUUCAGUAUGCUUGACACGCACAGCGACUUCUUCCACUCUUCCAGCUGAGAGAACCCGACAUAAUCUCCGUACUUGUCACAAUACAGCAGCAGACAAAACACCUGACCUUCUUACAUUGAAUUGAGGAUAGAAGACUUAUCUAAUGCUACGUUUGGUCAUCUGCAAUCAAACUGAUUAUGAACGGAGUUGGCUGAGGAGGGUCUGGGUUUUUAGGUGUUGAUGGGACAUAUUGUAAGCCCACAACGCAAAUAUGUCGUAACAUUUAACUGAGACAUUACUCCGGCAUAGGUCUAAUAUUUCAUGAAGGACAAUUCAGUGAGUGAUUCAAAUCCCAAUUGAAGAAUGGUCGCACGACCAAAUGCUGGAACAGAUAUAUGUACGUAUGAAGGAGAAAGUACCUCAAAACUAGAAAUCAGAUAUUGGGUCUUGUGCUUAGGAAUCCCGGCAACAUCAAUGGAGUCAUAGAACUCCUUGAUCGACUGCAUCAUCUCAUCCCAUGUCGGCAGCGUUCUCUUCCCAGCUAGCAGCUGUGCUAUUCACUUCCCUUGCGACUCAAAGAACGUGAACCCUAUCAGCUGCAUCAUCGAUCGAGACUCGGGAUUAAUUGAAAUCACUUAUAUUAGCAGGUUCAUUAUAUAUGUCUCAUUGAGAAAAGCUCUGUUCUUACAGCCAACCACGACUACUAUUAACAUGGCCCCAUCGGAGUCAUUGUUUGUCACAUGGGAUUCUUUCCAGUUGAAAUGAGAAUCUAAUUCAUUAAACUU